AUGGCGCGGACUACCAUCGAUGCUGAGGGAAAUGCCUUGGAGCGGGUGAAGAAAUGGGCACCCAAGACUAGGACAGGGUGCACCACUUGCAGGAAGCGAAGGGUCAAGUGCGACGAAGCCAAACCGCGGUGUCGUCGAUGCAAAGCCAUUGGUGUCGUCUGCGGAGGCUAUCCCAUCGUAAUUCACGAGUUCUUCGCGAACCAGCAACAACCGCUCACAGUCAGGGAGCUGGGCAGUUCGCCGGCACCGGCCGCUGUUAAGCCAAGUCAGUGGGACAUGCAUAUUUUCGACCUCCUCCGUACCGAGACGGUGGAACUGUUCGCAGGCCCCUUUGCCCGCGGCUUCUGGACGGUCAACCUUCUGCAGGCCAUGAGACAGUAUCCAGCGAUGUGGCAUGCAUGCCUGGCAUUGGCAGCGACGCAGAAGCAGCUCAUGAUCUCGCAACACGCGUCGUCGUCGAAAACGUCAGAGAGCGCCGCCCAGAGCGAGCGCCAUGCCCUGCACGUGUUCUCGCUGCAGCAGUACGAUCGCUCGGUCAAGAGCGUCGUGGAGAUUGUGACGAAACCCAAAUCGCAGCUCACCGAGGCGGACAAGGAAGCGAUCCUGCUCGCCGCGGUCAUGUUUUCAUCGAUAAGCAGCCUCCAGGGCGACGUCCACGAGGCCAAAGUGCAUGCGCGGCAUUGCAUCCAGCUCUUUCAGUGCUGGAACUCGUGGGAGACGGCACGGAGCCUCGGAGCGAAGCGAAAUUCGGCGCGGCGUGGCUGCGUGCUGCAGGAAGAGCAAAUGGUUGGCAUUGUAGCGCAUUUCGAGUGCCAGUUUCCGAGCACGUCCGGCCCCAAGCUGACGCCGUAUUGCUGCGGCACUGGGCCGCUCAUGUCAGUGGAGGAGGCGUAUUACGAGUUUAUGCUGCUGCUCUGCGAGCUCAACGCCGUGGCACGUCGUGCCGCCCAACGUGAUGCCCAAGAGGUUUCCGAGUGUCAUGUCGCUGCAGUGGGCGGCCCGGAGCCGGACGUCUUUUGGCACUAUCGCAUCGAGUUUUGCGCGUGGAGGCGGCGCUUCAACAUACACAGGGUGGCUGACAUGGACAAGCCCGCGGCCAGACAGGGCCUCCGGGUCCUGGAGCUUCUGUUCAUGGGGGUUGAGCCCGUGCUGGCGAUGGGCACGCCGGAACUUGUGCGCAACUGGGACGAGCACCACACCAGGGUCUGGGACUUGUACCGGCGUAGCAGCACGAUUCUAGAAGAGGAAGAUGCGCGACGCGGCGCCUCAAAGGCCAACCCUUGGGACAGUGAAAGAUUUAUGAUUUUUGAAUCUCCGUCCUCAACAAGCUCUAGUUGA